CUGUAUGGCCUACCCAUCUACUAUAUCUGUCACGUUCUCCCUCCUUCCCCGCCCUUCCAUUUCACACUUCGCCAACGGCCACUUCAAUCUGCAACCGCCACGUCGCCACCCAACUGCCUCGCCCGCUCGCCGAUGGCCGGAGAGGAGUUUGGCCUCGCAGCGGCCGCCGCCGCCGCCGCCUCCGCCACCGUGGACGCCGCUUCCGGCCGCAGCUCCCGCGUCACCGCGCUGCGCUCCGUCGAGGACAUCUUCAGCGACUUCCGCGCCCGCCGCUCCGCCAUCGUCCGCGCCCUCACCGAAGACCUCGAGAAGUUCGCCGCGCUGUGCAAUCCAGAUCUGGACUGCUUGUGCCUGUAUGGGAACUCGGACGGGACGUGGGAGGUGGCGCCGCCGCCGGAGAUGGUGCCGCCGGAGCUGCCGGAGCCGGCGCUGGGCAUCAACUUCUCGCGCGACACGAUGUACAGGAGUGAUUGGGUCGCCCUCCUCUCCGUCUUCUCCGAUUCGUGGCUCCUCGCCGUCGCCUUCUUCCACGGCGCCCGACUAGAUCGCGACGACAGGGUGCGUUUGUUUAACAUGAUCAAUGAUUUGCCAACUGUAUACGAAGUUGUCUUCGGUGUGGAACAAUCUGAUGAGCAAUCCGGUAUGGACAAUGGUGCCAAAGACACGCCCUCUCCACAGCUCAGCAGUCCGGUGAUACGCAGGUAGAAAAUAUUGCCGAGGCCAAAGCACAAGAAGCAGUUGACGGUGAAAUUCUCCUGAAGAAAAGAGAUGACGGUGAACUUUAUCUCAGAAAAAGAGAUAAGAAGAAAUUUUUGAAACUUUACUGAAGAAAAGAGAUGACGGUGAAACUGUCGUAGCAUAUACAUAGAACAUAGUAGAAACGUGAUGACUGCUGCGAAGGCAGAGAGCACAGAACACUGAUACAGCUGUCCAAGCUGCAUCUCAUAGAGAUCUGAUACAUUUCGUUAAAAAAAAAUAGAGAUCUGAUACAGUAAUAGCAAGUGAAAAUUGGGGCAGUUCAUAGAGAUCUGGAAACAGUAAUAGCAAGUGAAAAUUGGGACAGCGUCGGACGGUCGGUGAUGAUGGCAUAUUGCAGAGUUGAUAGAGGCUUUGUUUUUGCAGGGUUCUAUCAUCUUGGUACUCCUUGUUCUUUAUUAUGUUUAGUUUACAUUACAUGAUGAUGCUAACCAGCUGAUGCGAGGAAAGGCCAGACAACAUAUGAUCUAUGCUUGGAUGCGCAGAAGUGGGCUAAUUGGUUAGGUUGGUGGAAGUUGCAAGGUGAGUGCGCGCAUAUGCCCUUUAAAUUUCUUCAUAAUUCAAAGCUGUUCCAAGGGCUAAUAAGGCAGCCUAUUUCCUUGUAUUUUCAAUGCAUCGACUUGUAAUUUCUUGCUUAUUGAGCAUUCAAGAUGACUUCGAUGAUUGACUAUUUCAAAAUCGACUGUUGCUGACCUGGUAGAUCUCCAUUAGUCGGUCACCUUGGUCGAUGGGGAGACUCAAGAGAGACCAUUAACGAGUUAAGAGUGAUUUCCGGACGACUAUGAUAACCAAUUACUGCAGUUACUUAAUUCAGAAACUCAACUUUAAACUUCAGAAAGAAGACGACAGUAACAUUACUGCAGGUCUACAGCACGAGAAGAAGAGGAAGAUACUAAUGUACUCGAAAAGGACUUCCAAGUACCUUCCAAGCACCUACCGGCUACCGUCCUAAAAUCAUUUCCCAAGUGAUGAUUUACAUGUAAAUUAUACAAUUAGUUUUUUAUCUAUAUUUAAUGCUCCAUAUAUGUGUCUAACGAUUCGAUAUGAUGUUUUUAGGAAAAGUUUUUAGGGAUCUAAACAGCCCUUGAAAGACAGAUACCGGUGAAAAGCCAAGAAGUUAAAGCUGAGAAGGAGUGACUCGCAAUGAGUCAACACUUAGGUGGUGUUCUUUUCUCCUGAAGAUGAAGAUGAAGUUUUUUACGCAAAAUAAGGUGGUAUUAAAGUAUGAUUGAUUGCGUUUUAAUUAUUAUAAACUUGAAAAAUAGAUUAAUAUAAUAUUUUAGAGCAACUUUCAUAUAGAAAAUUUUCACACGAAACACACUAUUUAACAGUUUAAAAAGCAUAUCACGAAAAUCUUAAUCUUCAUCCAACUCUUGUUGGAUAAAAGAACGGGACCAUAUGUGGUGUUUGAAUCUUCUGAAAAUAAAAAUAAAGAUUAAAUGUUUCACGCAAAACGAGAUGAUAAUAACGUAUGAUUAAUUGAGUUUUAAUCAUUACAAACUUAAAAAAUAGGUUAAUGUGAUAUUUUAGAACAACUUUCAUAUAGAAAGUUUUCGCACGAAACGCACCAUUUAGCAGUUUGAAAAACGUGCCACGAAAAUCCAUAACUUUAUCCACUCCUUGUAGUGGAAACGAACAUGACCAUAAUACUGAACGUGAUAUAUUCCAGUACACGAAUCUACAUAGGAUAUGUUAGAUCCAGUCUAUGCUGAUUUUUUUUAUGCAUGGGGCAGAGGCAGUAGUUUACAGUGCCAACGCUCGGAAAUUAGGAGGUACUCCCUCCGUCCUAUAAUAUUAUA